AUGGUUAAUUUUAUAAACUUAAUCAAACAGCAAUGUUAUGGAAAACAUUUGAGUAAAAAUAAUUUAUAAAAUGUAGAGCCUCAAAAGAAAAUUAUUUUAAAAAGAUAUCAGUAAAAUGUAAUCCAGAUUAGACAAGUACUUUUCUUUGAAUUAAGGUAUUAUAAUAAAACCAGAAAAGCCAAUUAGGAAAAAAGAUGA